UGUCAGGGCAAAUGUUUAUAGUUGAUCCGUCAAUCGGUAGACAACAAUGUUAUCAGGAGGCAAAUAAGCGGACGGUGACAUUCCAGUUUGAAUUAUGAUAAUUUAUCGAGUAGCGGCGCUAAUUUUAAUUUUAGUAUUAUUUGCAAGUGUUGCUUUUGCAUCGCGCGGUGACAAUAAUGAUUUUUUCAGAGAAUGCCAGUACAAAUGUCAGCGAUCCAAUUGCACUAAAGGAGCCAUAAACUUCCAAACCAAAUCCAAAUUACUACAAAAGCAGAGUGUAUUUGAUAAAUUAUUCGGUUGGACGUGCGGAGAGGAGUGCCGAGAUGAAUGUAUGUGGCGAACAGUUAAGGCUUUCCAGGAGCGAAAAUGGGGAGUGCCACAAUUUUACGGGAAGUGGCCAUUUAUCCGAAUUUUCGGCUUACAAGAGCCAGCCUCGGUGAUAUUCUCCAUCAUGAACUUCCUCGCCCAUUUCAAUCAAAUGCGUAAAUUUCAAAGUGCUGUCCGAAAGGAUAGUCCCUGCUAUCGCCUAUGGCAUAUAUUUGCAUUUGUAUGCCUGAAUGGGUGGUUUUGGUCGACAAUCUUCCAUGCACGCGAUACCAAUCUCACCGAGUUUUUCGAUUAUGUCUUCGCUUAUUCCAUAGUCUUAGCAACACUCUAUUGUAUGGUAAUGAGGUUUUUAUUCGAUAAGUCGCUCCUCUUGAGAGGACUUGUAACGGUGGUCUUCUGCUCGUAUUACUUCAAUUAUUUUAUGCACCUUUACGUUGGUCAGUUUGAUUAUUCUUUCAAUAUGAAAGCCAACAUUAUAACAGGAGCUCUGUCUGCGGUGGGAUGGAUCAUAUGGUCCUUGAUAGUCUGGAAACGUCGCCCAUACGCCAAGAAAAUGGUACUUUUCUACUUGUAUUUAGGGCCAGCGUUUAUUCUUGAGUAUCUCGACUUUUCACCAUUCUUGUGGACUUUCGAUGCGCACUCUCUGUGGCAUUUAUCAAGCGUCCCGUUGGCUUUUAUCAUAUACAGCUUUGCAAUCGAUGACUGUCAACAUCUGAGGAAGGAGAAAAUGGUUUUGGAGCACGAAGAUAAGAUUUUAUAAGGUUCACACAGGAAAUUUUGUAUUCAACACUAGUCACUAGUCACACCAAUAAACUUUUUAAGUUA